CCUGCAAGUUAUUGUUGUUUAACUUAAGCACAUUUUCUUCUGUCAAUAUUUUAAACUAACGGAGACCAUAGCAAGAAAGGUAAAGUAACAAAGAUCUUCAUUACAACAUAACUCUAAAACUGAAGAAUGACUCGUUGCGUUGUGCUGGUCGUAGUCCUAUUAUUCUAUGUGGUUGGAAAUAAUGUAAGUGAAAGCUUUGCAAGUAUAAACAAUGGGACAAAUAAUGGUUGUACACAAGCUACAUAUGGAGGAAAUGCUAAUGGAUCUUGUUGUUAUUUUCCAUUCAUUUUUUCCGGGAAAAUUUAUUAUAAUUGUACAACAGUUGGCUGGGUCUCAUUUUGGUGUUCAACAACUUCUAACUACGACAAUGAUGGAUUGUGGGGUUCUUGUUUAGGAUCUGAGUGGAGUUGGUCAGAAUGGAGUGCAUGGUCUAGUUGCACUGUGUCUUGUGGUAAUGGUACUGUGAGCAGAACUAGAGUAUGCUUUGAUGUCAAUUUUUGUGUUGGAAGUACAAUUGAUAAACUAAGUUGCUAUAGCAGCUGUACAGGUUCUUGUGUGCAAACCACAUACGGAGGAAAUUCAAAUGGUGCUUGUUGCUCUUUUCCUUUUUUUUAUUCAGGAAAAUUAUAUUAUAACUGUACAACAAAUGGCAGGACUUCAUAUUGGUGUGCAACAACCACUAAUUACAAUAAAGAUAAGCUGUGGGGUUUUUGUUCCGGGUUUGAUUCAAGUUGGGCUAGUUGGAGUGCAUGGUCUAAUUGUAAUGUAUCUUGUGGUAAUGGCACUAUGAGUAGAACAAGAGUAUGUCUUGGUGCUGUCAAUUCAUGUGUUGGAAACAGCAUUGAAAUAGGAACUUGUUAUUUAAAUGCAACUUGUCCAGUAUUUGAGACAGGUUGGUCAAAUUGGAGCAUAUGGUCAAGUUGUGACGUAUCUUGUGGUAAUGGAAGCAUUAGUAGAACAAGAGUAUGUAAUAGUGCAGUGAAUUCAUGUGUUGGAAACAGCAUUGAAAUUACAAGUUGUUACCACAAUAUAACUUGUCCAAUUCAAUGCAAGAUAUUUUCUCAAAUCAAAAGUUAUUUUAUUGUUCCUGAAAAAGUAUAUAAAAAUACAAUGUUUGAUAUUGUUUUCAUUCUUCAGAAUCUUGAUGUUUACUGCUUUAAUUCUUCAGUUUUCAAAAUUGAUGCAUCAGCAUUGUCUUGGGAGCUUGCAUUAGAUUUUGGCGAUGAAACAUCAAAUUUAAGUGACAAAAAAAGUUACAUAAACGGUUCACUUUAUGUGUUUAAUCAUAGUUAUGUUGAAUGUGGGAAGUAUACUAUACAGUUCAUAAUCAAGCCUUGCAAUUCAAUCUAUUUAUUUACAAACCCUGAAAUAAUUGACUAUGCUAUUGUUACAGUAUUUUGUGUUAUGUCAUCAAUCAAAAUAACAACAAAUCCAACUUCAGAAGCAUAUCCUUAUUUAGCUCUACCUUUAAAAAAAGAAUUAACAUUGUUAAUAUAUCAAGAGUUUGGGUCUUAUAUCAUAUACACAGUAGAUUGGGGUGAUGAUUUCUUCCAGUUAAGUGACCAGUCACAAAGACAAAGUCCUUUAGUUUUUGCUUUAUCACACACAUAUAAAAAUGUUGGAAACUAUACUAUUAUUAUAGUUGCAAAGAAUGCAUUGCAAGUUACAAGUAAUAAAAUUUAUAUUCAAAUUCUAAAUUGUACAUUUCCACAAAUUACUUUCAAAUAUGGAACAUUAGAAAAUCCUUUACAAGUCUUGAGUGUUAAUAAAGAUUUUAUAGCAUAUGUAGAUGAAGACAGCAAUGUUUGUUUACCAUCAAAUAUUAGUUUUUAUUGGAUAUUAACAGGAAAUAAUAAAACAAGUAAAUCUGAUGGGCUUUUAGCAAACAAGAAAAUUGUGUAUUCUUUAAGAGACAAUUUGGAUAUUGGACCAUAUAAUUUAUCAUUAGUGUUUACGUACAAUAUGAUUACAGUCACAUAUAUUUCUUACUUUAUGGUUAUUGAUUUGCCUUUUUAUAUUGAAAUAAGUAAUGGUGCAUUUUGUACAAUUGCUUACAACCAGAGGCAAGGUUUCAAUAUUUCUUAUCAAAAUUUUAGUAUCAGUGCUCUUGUGAGUUCAGGAGGUAGUCAGCCAAAAAUAGUAUAUCAAGGAUUACUAUAUAAAUGGAAAUGCCGAACUGUGAGCAACAUUUCGUUUGCUUUAAACAGCUUGGCAGCUAGUAAAAUGGCUAAUUUAACAUUUGAUUCCAAUACAUGUUUUAAUGAAUCAUGGAUGGACAUACCUUUUGAUGGACCAGAACUUAAAUUUAGUACAUAUAUGUUUUUAGAAGGAGUAACAUACCAAUUUCAAGUUGUUGCAACAAAUCUUGUUGGGAAAUAUUUACAGAGCAGCUCUUUUAUACAAGAGGUUACCUUUAGCCCUGGUGAACUACCAAAUGGAAAGAUCAUUUGUAUAACAAAUUGUGCAGAAAAGUUAAACAUACGAGAUCAUGUUAUUUAUUAUUUUUCUUGCUUGAACUGCGAUGAAUAUCAAUUGUCUUAUAUUUGGGAAGUCUUAAACGAUGAUGGUGAAUGGCCUGAAGAGUUAUUACUAAAAAACUCAACAACAACUGGGUUUAAAAGCUCUUAUCUUGUUAUAAAUGUUGAAACUUUGUUGGCUUCAAAAAACUACAAUUUUAUUUUAAAAGUUGGAUAUAUUGAGUCUCCUUAUAAAGCUUUGUUUAAAAUCAAAAAACAAACAUCAUCAUUACCUCUUCCAGGAACUUGUUUUGUAAGCCCUCAACAAGGAUAUGCUAUUAUUACAAAAUUUAAAAUCAUUUGCCAAGAUUGGACAGAUGAAGAGAACAGUGUCUUAAGAUAUCAAUUCUUUUAUGACAUUGGAAUUGCAGAGAAAUACACCAUGACAACAAAUGGUGAUAUAGGUUACCCAUUGUUGAAUGCAAAAUCUCUUGAUGAUCCAAUGUUGAUAGAUUUUGCAUUGGGCCCUGGUAGCACGAGUAAAAAUUAUUCAAUUGCACUACUUAUAAGAGUUAUUGGAGUUUAUAACGCCUUCACAAAAUAUCCAGACAUUUAUGUUCAGGUUUUGCCAUUUGAAAAAAAUGUUUCCAAAAUAUUUGCUGAUAUUAGCAUUAUUGACACAUUCACAUUUUCCAGCUUUCUUCACGCUAUAUCUUACACUUUAAAUGAUCAUUCAGAUACUUUGAAAAUGUUAAACUCAGAAACUGUUGACAAUGUAACUGGUUUUACUAAUGUAAAUCAUGAAAUAGUGCAGCAGAAAGAAAAUAUGGUGGCUCAACUGCAAAAUGUUCGCACCAAUAUUGUUGACUUGCUUCAUUCAGCACCACUAAAAGAUUUAGUUGAUAUAAAAGAUGUUGGUGAUGUUUUAGCAACUGUUUUAUAUGUCCCAGAGGAAUUGACUCAUGAAACAAAAACUAAUGCAGUGGAUAUCAUUACAAAAAUGUCUUCUCUACUGACAGAAGAAAAUAUAAAAAGUAUUGGUCCUCAUAUUUAUGAUCAGAUUACACAACCUUUUAUUUUUUCAAUAUCAAACUUGUUUAGUGCAAUUGCUAACUCGAAUGAUGUUCAAAAAUCAGUUGAAAUUGAGGUUUCAACAACACAAGCUGGUCACUUAUCUGAACAGGUUAAAAAUAGUUCUAAGUCAGUACUAAAACUCAUUCAAUCUAUGGAUCAUUAUUUUAAUGGUUUGCAAUACUACAUUGCUAAUGAUGAAGAUCCUAUAAUCGGUGAUACACCAGCUUUUAGGUUUUUUUUGAAAAAAUUUUAUGGAGAUGGGUUGAAGAAUAUUUCAUCAGACGAAUAUGAAGAUGAACUCUUAGAAGAAAAUGACAAUGAACAAAGUGGUUUUGCUAUUGAGAACCUUACUAGUCUUUUGAAUGAUUCAAUAAAAUAUUCAAGUCUUAUUAUAAAGAAUCUUAAUUUGAAGAAUCAAUCAUUUACAUGGGAUUUAGAACGUUCUAAAAAUAUUGUGUCUGAAACUCAAGUUUUAUACUUGAGCACAACAAGCGGAGAAAAAAUUGAACUGAAAAACUUGACAUCUAUGAUUGAUAUCUCAAUAAAAAACAUUCCAGAAAAAAUGAUUGGUCAAAACAUCUCAUUAUCAAUGCCAAACAAUGUUCAAAUGAAUUUCAUUAAUAUAUCAUCUGUUGAAUGCAAACUAAUGGUAAGGUUUGUUGCAUUAAAUGAUCCACAAAACAAGACUAACUUAAUUGUUUACAUUCAAUAUGGAAAAGCUCCAACAAGCGAUGAUUAUGAUAUUAAAUUAAACAUUUCAACUAGACAUGGUACUAAUCUUAUUAUUGGAAACAAUACACCACGUUCCAGUUCAUCUAUAAAUAUCCAACGAAGUCAAAAAUGUAGACUGUUAAAUGAUGGAUCAAUUGUAUUGUGGGAUUUUCAUAACUCCACAUAUUCUUUUUUAAACAAAUCUUUUCUUUAUUUAUCGUAUUUUUAUGUUGGACCAGUGCCUGAAAAGAUAUUGGAAUCAAAUCUGUAUACAUUUGAUGAAAAGGAAUUUUAUGGAACAUUUCUUUAUGAGAUGAAAUCUUUUUGUGUUGAAUGCAACUAUUGGAAUGAAAGUAAUAACAAGUGGAUGUCAGAUGGAUGUGAGGUAGACUUAUUAACAAUUACAUUCACAGUCACUAAAUGUAAAUGCAAUCAUUUGACUGCAUUUGGUGGAUUUUAUGUUGCACCAAAUGUAGUACCUACUCCUACUUUAGCACUACUGAAAGCAGGCUACACUCUGCUUGCUGUAGUAGUUUCUGUUAUUUUUCUGUGGGUUAUAAGCUUGGUGCUUGCAAGAAGAAUUGACAAAAAUGACAUAAAAAAGGUUGGAGUUUGCCCACUGAUUGAUAAUCGUGUUGAAGAAUGUUAUCUUUAUCAAAUAACAGUGACUACAGGUAGUCGAAGAAAUGCUGGUACAAAAUCAAAUAUUUUCUUCAAAAUUGUAGGAGAUUUAGGUGACUCUGGAAAUCGGCGUUUAAAAGAUUCUCAUAGGGUUUGUUUCCAAAGAUCUAAUGUAGAUAUUUUUAUAAUGACUACAACAGCCUGUCUUGGUGAUCUAAGCUAUAUGCAACUUUGGCAUGACAACACUGGAGGAGGAUGGUACUUAAGAGAUAUUGAGAUUGUGGAUCUUCAAACAGAAGAACUUUUCUAUUUUAUGGCAAAUUGUUGGAUAGCUGUUGAUCAAGACAACAGCUCACUAGAUCUUGUUUUGCCAGUAUCUGGAAAAGAGAAUAUUACAAGUUUUAACUACCUUUUUCUUUCAAAUGCUCGAAAAGGUUUCACUGAUGAGCAUUUAUGGCUUUCUGUUGUGACGCGUUUACCUAUUAGUAAUUUUACAAGAUGCCAAAGGAUUUCUGUUUCUGUCUGUUUAUUAAUGACAUCAAUGACAGCAAGUGCAAUGUUUUUUGAAAAAGUACCACCAGGCAGUCCAGCAACUGAGAAUAAAAUAGGAGUAUUCACAUUCACAGCAAAACAGUUGUAUGUUGGAAUUGUUAGUGCCUUCAUUACUCUACCUGUCAAUAUUUUGCUGACUCAUCUAUUUCGUAUGGUUCAACCUAUUUAUCAACAGACAGUUGUUUGCAAACCAUUAGUAAACCAUAAUCAAUAUGGAUUCAAAAAAUUUAAAUACGGAAACAUGGAAGAUGGAUUUUCAGAAAAGAUAAUGUCACAAACUAAAAAACCGUUUUAUUUUCCACAUUGGUUUUUAUACAUCUCUUGGAUCAUUUGCAUUACAACAAUUUUAGGAUUAGGAUAUGUUAUACUACUGUAUGGAAUGGCAUUUGGUAAUAAAAAGUCAUUGGAUUGGUUAACCAGCAUUUCUUUAGGAUUGGAUCCAAAUUCCUUAUUAAAAAAAGAAAAAAGAAAGGUGAGGAAGAGUGAGCUUUUGAUGGAUAAUCACAGCACAGUCACAGCAGUUCAUGACAUUAUACUGCUUCAACCCAUGAAAAUUUUUCUUUUUUCUAUUCUUGCUGCACUUGCUUCCAAAUCUAUAGUUAGCAAAGAAAAGUUUGUCCUUUACAUGCAAGGAAAAAAGCUUGCUUGUGAUGAAAAUUGGCUUCAUAGCAGUAAGAAUGAACAAGCAAUCAUUGAAAGAAUUGAUGAAAUCAGGGUGCCUCCUCCAAUGUCUUUAAUUAAAAGUAUGAAGGCAGCUCAUUCAACAGAGUUAAAGAUGCAAUCAAUUACUUGGGAGCUGUUAAUGUACUUCUUAUUUUCUUUAGUGGUUUUUUAUCUUGGUUACAUAUCACGUGAAAGUUGUGCUUAUUAUCAAACACGUGAUGUAGAAGAACUUUUUAAUUUAAAAAUAAGACCUACAAUGACAGUAAAUAAGUAUAAAGUCUUUAAAACGCUUCAAUCUUCUGAUGAUUUUUGGCCUUGGAUGGAUUCAUUUUUUCUUCCUCUAAUUCAUCCUGAACCUUGGUUUAAUCUUAGUGACAGAUACAAAGAUAAUGAUAACAUAAACUUUCCUGGAAAAGUAUUUUUACCAGAUCUUAUGUCAAAGGUUGUCAAUGGAAUAAGAAUCAGACAAGUUCGAGUUAAAACAGGCUCCUGUAUAAUGUCAACUGAGAUAUCCGCAUUAUUGAAAAUUCCUUGUCUAUCAGAUUAUAAAAUGAAUGUUGAAGAAGUUCAAGAUUUUGACUUUGAUUGGCAAAAACCAAAAAAGUAUUCCUCUCCAAUCAAUCCUUUAACAAUGCCAUGGAGGUACCAAACUUCUGAAGAGUUAGAUGGAUAUCCACUUUCUGCUACUUUAGAAAUUUACAGUGGUGGAGGAUAUGUAGUAGAAAUUUUUCCAAAAUGGAAAAACAAAGAUGUUGUUAAUGAACUGAAACAAAAAAAAUGGAUUGAUCGCCAAACACGAGCUUUGAUCAUUGAAUUUGCUUUAUUUAAUGCAGCCACAAAUCAUUUUACUAUGGUUACUAUUGUGUUUGAAUUUCCUUCUUUUGGUGGAAUGAUACCUUACUUUGAUGUUACUACAUUUAAUCUCUACACAUCUACAACAGAAAAUUCGUUUGUAACUAUUGGCUUACAAAUUAUAUUUCUACUUAUGAUGUUUGUUUUAACCAUACGUGAGAUCAAGAUAUUAUACAAAAAAAGUUGGAGUUAUUUUCAUGAAUUUUGGAAUGUUAUUGAAGCUGUACUUGUGGUGCUCUCUAUACUUGCUGUUAUUUUCUUUUUUUAUAAAGUGCAACUUGUUAAAAAUCUUCUUCAUCGUUUACCGAAAAAACAACCACAAAAGUUUAUCAACUUUCAAUUUGCUUCAUACUGGGAUUUAACGUACACUUACAUUGUCUCGCUUCUUGUUUUUUUUGUGACAUUAAAAUUUAUAAAACUUCUUCGAUUUAAUCAACGAGUUUCAUUGCUUUCCUCUACAUUGAAUGUUGCGUUUUAUCCACUUUCAAUGCUUGGGAUUACUUUUGCUGUAGCUCUUUGUGCUGUAAUUUCAUUUUGUACCAUUGUGUUUGGGGUCUUGCUGGACGGUUAUCAAACAUAUCUAGGAACAAUUUCUUCAGUAAUAUCUUUGUUUCUGGGAAAGUUUAGCUUUUAUACUUUUGUAAAUGCUAGCCCUGUGCUUGGUCCCCUAUUUUUUUUAGGGUUCAAUAUUUUCAUGAUUUGGGUACUUAUGAGCAUGUUUAUAUCUAUACUAAAUGAUUCUUUAGUAUGUGUGCAUUUAAAUAAAGAUUUCCAAAACAAUGACUACGAGAUGCUAGACUAUUUUCUAACUCGUUUUAAAGCAUGGUUUGGAUUAAAUACAAAAACUUAUUUAACAAACUUGCUGCCGUUUGGAUUAGAUGUUGCACAAAAAAGCCCUGACUAUCUUGAUUAUCCUACUGCAUCAUCUAGGCAGGACUCGUUGCAUUUGUCAGAAAUUUACAGCAUGACCUGGUUUGCCUAUGAUGUUCCUUAUGAAAUUUUUAUAGAACAAGAAGACGACAAGAACAUGAGCAUAAUGCAAGAAAAAUUUAAUGAUUGUUUACAUAUUUUGUAUAAACGUAAAUUCGUAGAAGAUGAACAAUAAUUUAAUGAAA